CGAAAGCUCCGCCAGGCCUGAGAGGACGUAACAGACGGCCAAAAAUGACUUUAAAACCACCCAUCUGGUGACCAUUCGACAUAAUUCGCAGUUUAAUCCACUACGAAUGUGGUUUUAAGAAAAGAGACGGUGUUAAAUCGUCGAAUUGCAGCGGCGUAGUGAGACCUAUUUUGAGAGGCGGAGCUGGCUGCUGGUCGGCGCUGCCUGUAGGGGGCGCUGCGGUGACUUCCUCUGUCUCCUCGGCAGCAGCUACAUUGUGUGGAAAGAAGCACGUUUUUUUUGGCGUCUACGCGUUGAACUUUACGCCGAAUCAACCUUCUCCUGUUGAAGGAGAAACACGACCCAGAGCUACCAGAUAUUCUGUCGGGCGUCCGUAAGUUAUACCAGCUUGCGAAAACAUGUCGGCUUCGGCGGCAAAAGUGAGUAAAAAGGAGCUGAACUCGAACCAUGACGGAGCGGACGAAACCUCCGAGAAAGAGCAACAAGAAGCUAUUGAACACAUUGAUGAAGUUCAGAAUGAAAUUGACAGGUUGAACGAGCAAGCCAGUGAGGAGAUCCUCAAAGUAGAACAGAAAUACAACAAACUUCGUCAGCCCUUUUUUCAGAAGAGGUCAGAACUGAUCGCUAAAAUCCCCAACUUCUGGGUCACCACAUUUGUCAACCAUCCACAAGUAUCUGCCCUACUGGGUGAGGAGGAUGAGGAGGCGCUUCAUUACCUGAGCCGGGUGGAGGUGACAGAAUUUGAAGACAUAAAGUCUGGCUACAGAAUAGAUUUUUAUUUCGAUGAAAAUCCGUACUUUGAAAACAAAGUACUUUCCAAAGAAUUCCAUCUGAAUGAGAGCGGGGAUCCAUCUUCAAAGUCAACAGAAAUAAAAUGGAAAUCAGGAAAGGACCUGACAAAGCGUUCCAGUCAGACACAGAACAAAGCUGGGAGGAAGAGGCAACAUGAAGAGCCCGAGAGCUUCUUCACCUGGUUCACCGAUCACGGUGACGCGGGUGCUGAUGAGCUGGGAGAAGUCAUCAAGGACGACAUCUGGCCAAACCCUUUGCAGUACUAUUUGGUACCCGACAUGGAUGAUGAAGAAGGUGAAGGAGAAGAUGACGAGGAGGAUGAGGAGGGACUGGGGGAUAUCGACGAGGAGGGUGAUGAAGGAGAAGAUGAUGAAGAGGAUGAAGGCGAAGAUGGGGAGGAUGACGAGGGGGAAGACGACUAAGAGACUGCAUCAUCUACCCAGACCCUCAACACUCUGUUUGGUUUUUCUGUUCAUAUUCGGGAGCAAAGGUUUAUUUUAUUUCUUCCCCCCCUUAUCAGUGUGCUUUGUUAUCCAUUCUGAAGGCUGUUAACCUGUUUGGUGCCAUGUUGUGUUUCUCCUUGACUCAUCUAUAAGGUCAAUGACACUUUGCCCUGAUGUGAGUUGCAUCCUUUCCAAAAAAUCAUCUCAAAAAUCAAAGUUUAAAAAUAGAAUCUGCGCAGCAUCCUGAGUAGAAUUUGAAUAAGAUUCACGCAGAAUUCCUCUGGUUAAAGGUUGUGUGGUAAACAGACUGAAGCCAUGACGUAGUGACCUAGUGCUAGCUGACCUCU